CCACCUGGCAGCUUGAUUAGGUACAUGGGUACCUACACACCUGUAGGUCGGUAGCAUGGAAGUGCGGAAGUUGGAGAGUCACAUGACAAGUGCACGCCAGGUGUCGGGCUAACUCGAAGCAUCGGGCCAAUCAUUCGAUAUCAAUUUCAGAGCUCUUGAGUUUUUCCCGCCCGAGGGCCGCUGAACAGACACCAAUGGCGCCAGGCUAGUCCGAGAGAACAUCUGAGCAUACCCGAAUUCCUUCCCAUCCCGAAAAAAGACCUCAAUCUCGCGAUUCCCGACGACGACCGAUUCACCCCCACCACCGCUAUGGCGCCCCUCACCAUCGCCUCCCGCGCCGUUGUGCGAGGCCUAUCGAAGUCUUGCUGUCGCAUAAGCGCCGCCCGCGCCCUCAGCACCUCGGCCCAGCUCCACGAUGCCGCCGGCUCCUACUCGAGCCCGUUCAAGGGCGAGUCCAAGUCGACCAAUAUCCCCGACUUCAGCCACUAUCUCAGCAAGGGCAGCGCCAACACGAAUCUGCUCUUCCAAUAUUUCAUGGUCGGCACCCUGGGCGCCAUCACCGCCGCAGGUGCCAAGUCCACCGUGCAAGAAUUCCUCAAGAACAUGUCCGCGUCCGCCGACGUCCUAGCCAUGGCCAAGGUUGAGGUCGACCUCAACACGAUCCCCGAGGGGAAGAAUGUCAUCAUUAAGUGGAGAGGAAAGCCCGUAUUCAUCCGGCACCGCACCGAAGACGAGAUCAACGAGGCGAAUUCGGUCAACAUCACGUCGUUACGAGAUCCCGAGGCCGACGAGGACCGUGUCAAGAAGCCUGAAUGGCUGGUCAUGUUGGGUGUCUGCACACAUUUAGGUUGUGUCCCGAUCGGAGAGGCCGGUGAUUUCGGAGGGUGGUUUUGUCCCUGCCACGGCUCUCACUACGACAUCUCGGGACGUAUACGGAAAGGACCGGCACCACUCAACCUCGAGGUUCCCACGUACGAAUUCCCCGAGGACGACAAGUUGGUUAUCGGUUAAGCGCGGCGGUGCUUGUAGAAUUUUACUCGCUCUCAGACCGGGGCCGGGUACACAUCUACCCCCUCCCGAUUUACCGUCGUCAGCUAGGCGGAGAUAGACGUAAUGGCAAGGUCGUGAGGCUCGCAUGGCACACCUAUCUAUAAAU